AUGGCCAAAUUCUUCUUCCGCAGAGAUUUCGGUUGGGUUUGGUUUCAUGGCUUUGAACGGUCAGGAUUGGAUGGGGCAGUAACUUGUAUUCACAAUCAUCGGAGGAGGAGAAAACAUGGAAAUAAUUGGGAUGGGUUUUCAACAAUGUUCAAAGAAGAUGCUGAAGUCUACUGGAGUGCUAAGAAUGUGGAGGGAAAAUCGGAUGCUAGAAGUGAAACGAACAUAGAGAAAUUAGAGAAAACUGUAAACGAUGGCAAUUAUUAUGAAGCCCAGCAGAUGUACAAGUCUGUUAGUGCAAGAUAUGUAGCUGCUGAGCGAUGUGCUGAAGCUUUGGAUAUUUUACAAUCAGGUGCUUCCAUCCAACUGAGAAAUGGGCAGAUCCCAGCCCUCAACAUUAUGCCACAUAUGCACACUCUAAGUUGUCCAUCAGGUGGAGCUGAUCAUGUACUUGCUCUAGCCGCUGGACAAAGAAUCAGGUUGGUUCACUAUAAGGUGGGGCAAAAGGUUACUUGUGGGUCCGAACUUGCUGUACUGUUUGUGGAGACACUCAUCAAAGGGAAAUUUCAGUGUAGUGAAGAAACUCUUGAUCGUGUCAGGAAGAUUUACCAGGAAUUUCCUCGGAUUACUUUGCCACACCACUUGGGGGAUGAGGAUGAUGAUGAAAUGCAACAACUUUCAGAAGCCAUGGUGGCAGCAAAAACACGUGUUGAGGGUUGCUCCUCAUUCUUGAAGGCUGCAAUUAGGUGGUCUGCAGAGUUUGGAGCUUCUAGGAAUGGAUCUCCUGAAUUACAUGAUAUGUUAGCUGAAUAUUUUUACACAGAAUCUCCUGAAAUGGACAUGGCUAGAGUGUCAUUCCAUUUUGUUCGAGGAAGCAACCCAGAGAAGUUUGCUGCUAAAUUAGUAAAUUUUAUGGGCAAGUGCUAUCCAGGAGAAGACGAUUUGGCCAUUGCACGUGCAAUUCUAAUGUAUUUAUCAUUAGGGAAUCUGAGAGAUGCGAACUGCCUCAUGGAUGAACUAAAGAUUCAAUUGAAAUCCAAGCAGCUUGACUUCCCAAAAUCAGACUUGAUCCAGUUCAUUGUGUAUGUUGUGAAGACGUUGGAAAGAGAUGCUUUGCCACUCUUUCGGAUAUUAAGACAAAAUUACAAGCUGAGCAUAGAAAGGGAUCCUGCAUUUGAUGAGUUACUGGAUGAAAUUGCAGAGAAAUUCUAUGGUAUAAAGCGUAGAAGUGGCUUGCAAGGCAUGUUUGGAGAUAUCUUCAAUGUAUGAUGGGAGGCGAACUCACUGCUUGAAGAUAUUCCCCAUUCUUUGUACUACCUAGCAGUCUUGUAUCAGCAUUUCAUUUCACCCGAGGAGAUGACAUGGUACGACAUUUUGUUUAUUUGUCAGUGUUUUUUUUUUUCGAGAAAUAAAAGAAGGCCAGAUCUUUUGGAAGACAAGAUGAUGAACCAAAAAAGAAAGAAAAAGAAAACAGUUUGUAAGAGCUUUCUGAUGCAAGUCUGUCAAUGUAAUCUCUUAUAAUAUUAUGGAAGUUUGUAAGAUAUUCCUUUAUUGAUUUCUAUUGAAUGUUGUAAUUCUGCCGCCUUAAUGGAUUUAGUCUUUCAAAUCA